AUGGAUCAAAGCUUGCUAGAAGAAUGGAUAAAACUAAACAGAUCUUCUGUUUUUAUUGAAGAAUGGUGGAACUUGAAUGAGGAGCCAAUGUUAAAAUUCAUUGAGAGAAUCAAGAAUGAGCAGCAACCAAUAGUCAUUUCAAACAAAACUUAAUUUGAACAAAGAGAGUCCUCCUUAUUUGAGCUGGUAAAAAACUUCAUAACCCAGAAUAAGGAAGCUUCUCUUAUUGAUUCUUAGCUCUCAAAGUAUUUCUACAUUGCUCUAAAGUAGCUCUAAUUUCAUCAAUAAUAAAUGAUUUAUCACGGAGAUAUCAACCCUAUGAACAUAAUGAUUUCAGAAAACUCUCUUGAUUUCAAAAAUUAUCAAUCUUCCUUCAUAAUCGAUGAUGCUCAAAUGUAUUAAUUAAAAAGCAUGAAUGAGAUAUAUUCGAAUGAGGAAAUCAUUUAGACAUUUAAAAACAAUACUUAUGUUGAUAAGGAAAAACUGUUUGAAAUGGAUAAAUCUAGUCUCAUCAGAAUUUUCGAAAUAAUUGAAAGCAUAUUUUAAAAAUAGGGGAUAUAGUUAAUCAUAAUCUAAGAAAUUAUUGAAGUUUUGAAUGAAGAAAAUCGAUAUUUUAAUGUCAUAGACUAUAUCGGAAAUUUUGUGCUUAGUAAUAAUUUGAUUUUUACCGCUUAUUAAAAAAAUGCUCAAAUAACCUAAGAAGUGCUUCAAAAAUUAGUUAAAGUUGAUGAAUUUGAGGAAGAGAAAAAUAGCUUACAAAAUAGAAAUUUUACCUAUAAAGUAAAAGUACUAAAUUUUAAGACCAAAAUGAUACAAGAAACAUUUUUAAUUUCGUCAAAUACCCCACUCAAAUAAUAGUAAAUAAGCAAUUUAAGCUUAAAGUUGAGCAAGGUUGAUAAUUCAAUAAAGUCUUUGCAAAUUUUGACAGGCAAUGAGACCAAUAUUUCGAGAUUAAUUAUUGCUUUUGAUGAAGAUGAGUUUAUAACAAAAAUUAAUUUUGACAUUGAAAAUCUUACUAUUCAUACAAACAGAAAAGCUUUUGUUAUAGUUGAAGGAAAGAUAGUAAAGAAACUUAAAUUCUUAGAAGAUGAAUCGAAAAAACCAUUGUGUCAAGUCUUUACUUUUGAACUGAAUGAAUGCUUUUAUCUCUGCACAGUCUAGAAAUACAAAUAGUAAAAUAAAAAUAUAAAAUAAAGACAAGAACCUCAGAAAAGAAGAAAAAUAUGA